AUGCUUGGACCUCCUUCAUCAGAGACGGAUGAUGCUUGGGCUGAGCUCCUUCAGUGGUUUAACAUUCGUCUCUCCGAAGAUGAACUCGGUGAAUAUCGUGAUAACCCUGGCCUGGUGAAACUCUCCGAUGGGACUGGAUAUGCCGGCAGUCUCUCUACGUACCACUCGCUGCACUGUCUCAAGCGUUUGCAUCACUUGCUAUAUUUCGAUGAGUAUUACCCUGGCCGUACAGAGAUGCAGGCGAAUGAGAUAAAAUGGCACGGCGAGCACUGUUUAAAGAUUCUCAUUCAAACGGUAAAAUGCAACCCCGACCUCAGUCUCUUUCCGUACCAAUGGACUUCCGAUGAGCGCAUCCCAAUUGCACUUGAUGUUGGACAUCACCAGUGCUAUAAUUGGAAGCGUAUCGAUGACUGGAUGAAGAAUCGAAGUUUUGAUAUCUACGCACCCGGUCUAGUGGUGCAUCCUGUUUUAGGCGUGGAGGCAUAUGAUGAAAGCACGGCCAAUGUAACAGGCAUUGCAUAUGGCGACUUGCUGGCGGAUGCAAUUCGAAAUGGGGAGAUUGAAGUCUGA